AUGUGUCCACCGACACUGCAAAGUGGGCCCUGGCACAUCCCGGCCGAAGUCUUCAUCUUCGCUUCAUUCGCUGUCCUGCUCCUUCAUCGGCAGCCGACGGCGCACACGACCAUCACUGCAGUCCACUCGGCCAGUCAAGUGACGAGAGAAGGCGAGUCGGCGCGACGAGAGCGUUUCUGAAACACGCGCACACUUUCGGUCAGUCAAGAUGCCAUCUUCAUCAUCUGUGACUCUGUGCUUCUCUGCGCCUCUCUGCUUCCCUGUCCAUGAUGGUUUUCGCUCAUCAGGUGCGCCACAUUUGACUCGCCCGAGCGAACGGCGCAGCUGCAGGACGACUUCGGAGCAGCAAGGUUCGGAGCAGCAAGGUGAGGUUCAUCCCACUCAAGGGGAGUGGAAGGAGGAGGGAGGAGGGCGCGCCAAGCUAGCAGAUCUCCUCCUUGAUCUCGCAGCCGCUCCUCGAAGCGUGACCUGAGCCAUUCUGCUCACCAAGUACGCGUGUAAGAUGCAUCCCCGGCUGUACUUGCAUCGCUUUUGCAUCUGCUGAUGUUGCGUGUGUGUGUGCAGGCCAAGUUCGGGACACCCCCGUGCUCUUCUGCCUUGUCGGCAUUGGCUGAUGCUGAACACGGUGGAGUGAGGUCCAUUCACGAUGCAUUCGGCGACCUUUGAGGUCCGACCCAUCAGUGAAGAAAAGGGAUCAGGUAGGUGUGGGAUAGUCGAGAAAGACGCCUCUUUCUGUCUUGGUUGUGUCCUCUCCUUGCGAUUCGGCAGGUCUGGUGGCUCUUCGCAACGUGGCAGCUGGAGAGGUUUUUCAUUCAGAGUGGCCUUUCUGCGUCGUGCAGCACCCCGCAAAGUGAGCGAAAUGAGUGAGCGAGCGAGUGAGAGCGUCACGAUGUUUGCCUGUUCAGCUCAGCGUUCAUCCGCGCGUGCACCCGCUGCUGCCGGUUUGCGGGCACGUGUGGCCUGCAGCUUGCGACGCUCUUCUCUGGCACUGUAGAGGAGGCUGUGUUGAACGAGCUGCCGUCGGUUUGGGGGCAGGAGAAGCUGUCAGAUGUGGUGGAGUGCCCGCAGGGGUGUGGGGAGGUCUAUUGUGGCCAGGAGUGCCGGGCUGCCGACUGGAAAGACAACCACAGUGAGCACCAAACAGCCAAAAGUGCCGAUGUGCUGACAAGUCCAUCUCUCUCUCUCUCUCUCAUCGUUCAGACUUCAUGUGCGUGGGGCCACUGGAUGAUGAUGCUCCACUGGUACGCCAACCACGUGUACAGCGUGUCCUGCCAUUGGCUCGUGCAUGCACCUUCUGUGUGCUUCCACGUGCAGGUGCAGUUCAAGCAGCUGGCGAUCGAGUAUGCAGACACGCUUCUGCUGGCGGGCAAGGUUUUUGCAUCCCUCGUCAACCGUGCGCAGCAGAGGGGGCGCGGGGCGGAAGCUGUGCGGGAGGGAAUGAACGAGCUCAUGGGUUUCACCCAGGGGAAAUGGGACGAUGUGGCCAGGCCGGCGGGGGCUACAGACGAACAUGGGGAAGGAGAGGUGGGCGCACACGCAUUCACGUGGAGGAUGAGGUGGAGCGGACUGUGCAGUGAGGUGUGUUGUGAUGGUCAGACGCUGAGGCUGCAAGUGCUAGCAGAAGCCUUCGAGCUGCUCAAGGUCAGCACACACACAGAGAGAGAGGGAGGUGUGUGUGUGUGUCUGUCGGGCACCGUCCGUGAACAUGCAUUUGUUCAGGCUGCGUUGCUGCCCGCAUCCCCUUUGUUCGCCCCCCUCUUCGAAAGCGACGAAUUCCUCUCAAGACUGCUCGGUGACUGACGGACUCACAGACAGACAGGCAGAGGGAGGGCGGGAUGAUCCGCGUCUGUCCUCCUGCAUGGCAGGUAUGUUCGAGAGGAACAACAUUGACGUUGAGAUUCAGUCUCCCCUCAAGCAGCUCUGCCACUCAUGGGCACAGCAGCCACCGCCAGCAGCAUCCUCAUCCUCAUCCUCAUCAGUCGGAGCCGCAGCAGCCGGCCCCGCCAGCAAUCCGGCCUUGCGACGGCUGCUGGAAGCAAAAACGGUCGUCAUGCGGUGGGUCACACACACGAAGUGGAUGGGUCGAUGGGUCAACGAACAGACACAAUGGUGUGUGUGAAGGUACGAGUGGGAUGAGGACGAGACGGGCAACUACCAGUCGACUGCAGCAGACACCUCACCCGACGACGCACACAUGGACGAAGAGACGGAAGAUGACGAUGAGGCCGACGAGGCGGCCGACGAGCAGCGGCUGGCAUCGAUCCGGGAGGACGUCAGGAAUCUCACCAUGGAGCAGCUGCUGGCCGAGGAGUGGCCCAACUUCCACGGCACGGCGUUCUUCCCCUCUGUGGCGCGCGUCAACCACUCGUGCGUGCCGAACAUCAAGGUGUGUCAGAGAGCACCGCACACACGGCACGGCAAUGUGUGUGCGCAUGUUGUCUGCUGCUGUGUGAUACGUGGGUGCAGAUGGCCUAUCCACGAGGCACGUGUGAGGUGUGCUUCGGUGCGCUGAGAGGCAUCUCGUGUGGAGAGGAGAUGUCCACCUCCUACAUCGACAGCGAGGCGCCGCGCGACGUCAGACAGACGAACCUUCUGGAGUAUGGCUUUGUGUGCCGGUGUGACAAGUGUGAGAGUGAGGCCGCGCGUGUCAACUUGAGGCGGUAGGUAGCUGAUUGAUUUGAGAGGUUAGACUCAAGCGUAGGGCCCUCUUGCACCCGCGCGUGUGACUGUUGUGGUGAUGGUUUGGCUGUGUCGCGUCGGGAGACUGACAACGUUCCUGCCUGCCUGCCUGCCUGCCUGCUCUAUAUGACACACGCAAUUGAAUGAAUUGAGCCGAGUGUCAGUG